AAGCCUUUUCAGAAUUGCUUAAAUAUGCCAAGGGAUGCUCUGCUUUUUUCACAUCUGUUCUGCCUUCGCCUGUCACCAUGUUCGCUAAGUCGGUAGCCACGUCGUUGUUGGCCGUUUCGUCUCUUGCGCUGCAAGCCAAUGCGGUCUCCAAGAAGCAAUGGAGCAAGCGGAGCGAUCAUCUGUACCUGCCAAAGGCGGUCCAUGAUUUCAAGAAUGCUACCGCUCCGAACAACGUCACUAUUCGAUACAAGAAUCCUGGCAUUUGUGAGACUACUCCAGGCGUAGAUAGCUACUCUGGAUAUGUGGAUCUUACACCUGAUGUUCAUGUAUUCUUCUGGUUCUUUGAGUCUCGUAACAACCCAGCUGAAGACCCCUUCACACUCUGGCUUAACGGCGGGCCCGGCUCGGACUCGCUCAUCGGCUUGUUCGAAGAAAAUGGUCCUUGCAUGAUCAACGACGAUCUGACAACAGCUUACAACCCGUACAGCUGGAACAAUGUUUCUAACAUGCUGUACAUCUCCCAGCCCGUCGGAGUAGGGUUCAGUUACCAGCAGGAAGGCGUUGGCAGCUUCAAUGCGUUGUCCGAAGACUUCCAUUACAAUUCGACCGAAUGGCCUGCAACAGGCCGAUGGCCACUUUCGGAACCACUCAACACUGGCACGAUUGACACCACAGAUCUUGCCGCCGUCGCAGCCUGGCACGUAUUCCAAGCGCUGCUGGCUACUAUUCCAAAAUUCGACGCGAAGCUUGGAGCCUUGAGUCCUGCGAGGGAAUUCAACCUGUUUACAGAAAGCUACGGCGGCCAUUACGGUCCGGCGUUCUACGACUACUUCUACAACCAAAACCUGAAGAUCGAGAACGGGAGCAUGCCUGGCUACCCGCUCAACUUCAACUCCCUCGGCAUAAUCAACGGUAUCAUUGAUGAAUCCGUCCAAGCCGAGCACUACCCCGAGUUUGCCGUCAACAACACCUACGGCAUCAAGGCGUACAACGACACCGUCUACUCGUACGCCAAGUUCGCCAACAACAUGUUCAACGGGUGUCUUUACCAGAUCGCUCUCUGCCGCGCCGCCGCCGAAGGCAAUACCAGCUACUACCACGCCGACGCGCCCAUCACCGAAGCCGAGCUGACCCCGGGCGUGAUGCAGAUCUGCAACGAAGCGCAGGACAUGUGCCGCGACAACGUCGAGUCCCCUUACUACUACUACAGCGGCCGUGGUGUCUACGACAUCCGCCACCCGUACGACGACCCAACCCCGCCUUCCAACUAUCCCGCCUACCUCAACCAGGGCGAGGUGCAGGAGGCGCUGGGCGUUACGCUCAAUUACUCAGGCAACAAUGGCGUCUACUAUGCGUUCCAGAAUACCGGAGACUUCAUCUUCCCCAACUUCAGGCUCGAUUUGGAGUACCUGCUUGACCAGGACGUGCGUGUCAGUCUGGCAUAUGGCGAUGCUGACUAUAUCUGCAACUGGUUCGGAGGCGAAGCCAUCAGUCUCGCAGUCGAAUACACCCACGAGCAAGAAUUCCGCGGCGCAGGCUACGACGCCAUGGUAGUAGACGGCACCGAAUACGGCGAGGUGCGCCAGUACGGUAACUUCAGCUUUGCGCGCAUCUACGAGUCCGGGCAUGAGAUUCCGUACUACCAGCCUGUCGCCGCACUGGCUUACUUCAACCGCACGCUGUUCCACUGGGACAUCGCUACGGGCGGAGAAAAGGUCUCGGCGAAUCUCACCUCGUCGGGGAUGGCGAAUGCAACGCAUACGAACUCUUUCGUGCCGUUGACGUCGUCGUAUGUUCAGGCUUUCCCGUCGCCUAUUUACCCGGCGACGACGGCUGCGUACUAGUUUUGCACCGUGUUGCUUCGGUUCGGAUCAACGUUGAGUUGGUUGGAUUGAGGCAGGCUUUGGUGUGCUGGUUAUGAUGAAAUGAAUUAUCGUGUAAUGAAGCUAGGUACAAAAAAAUCAUCAUGUAGUGUGGCGAAAUGAUAUUGGUCACGUAUGAUAAAUAGCUUGACUGAAAUGUU